GUUGCGGCAGCGGGCGUGAGCGCGCGACGGUGGCGUCGGUGGCGCCGGCCCUGGGGGCGCGCCGGAGGGGCCGCGGCCAGAUCAAAGGCGGAUACAUGAAGAUCCCAGCGCGAGCUGCACUGUCUCCUUCCACAAGUCACAGCACAGGGCCCAGCAGCCCCCAGCCCUCCUUGGCCCCAGGACUACUCUGGUGUACRGUUUGGGACAAUGACUCCUGUGAGCGAAGGGGGCACAUCCAACAGCGUUUUUGACCUGGACUAUGCUUCCUGGGAGAUCCGCUCCACACUGGUGGUCGCAGGCUUUGUCUUCUACCUGGGUGUCUUCGUGGCCUGCCACCAGCUGUCGUCCUCCCUCAACGCCACUUACCGUUCUCUAGGGGCCAGAGAGAAGGUCUUCUGGGACCUGGCAGCCACGCGGGCUGUCUUUGGCGUCCAGAGCACAGCUGCGGGCCUGUGGGCUCUGCUGUGGGACCCUGUGCUUCAAGCUGACAAAGCGCUUGGCCAGCAAAACUGGUGCUGGUUCCACAUCACCACAGCCACAGGGUUCUUCUUCUUUGAAAAUGUGGCCGUUCACCUGUCCAACAUGUUCUUCCAUACCUUUGACUUGUUCCUGGUUGUGCACCACCUCUUUGCCUUUCUUGGAUUUCUAGGCUCAGCGAUUAAUCUCAGAGCUGGCCACUACCUAGCGAUGACCACAUUGCUGCUGGAGAUGAGCACCCCCUUUACCUGCAUUUCCUGGAUGCUCUUAAAGGCCGGCUGGUCCGAGACGCUGUUCUGGAAGCUCAACCAGUGGCUGAUGAUCCACAUGUUUCACUGCCGCAUGGUCCUCACCUACCACAUGUGGUGGGUGUGCUUCUGGCACUGGGGACGCCUCGUCAGCAGCCUGUACCUGCCUCAUUUCGCACUGUUCCUUGUUGGACUGGCUCUGCUCACACUCAUCAUUAAUCCAUAUUGGACCCAUAAGAAGACCCAGCAGCUUCUCAAUCCAGUGGAUUGGAACUUUGCACAGCCUGAGACCAAGAGCAGCCGGCCAGAGAGGACCAACGGUCAGGUGCUGCAGAAGAAGCAGCCAUAGCGGCCGUAGUCGGGACCAGGCGGGCCACUGUGUCUGUGGGUGCAGCACAUGGGUUCCACAGCUCAGAGAACAGUGACAUUUGUAACAAAUAAGGUCUUGACUAUCUAAGCUAAGUGAAACCCUGACUUUCUAGUCACUAGUGUUAAUUCUGAAGUAGCCACAGAGUAUUACAAGGCCUCCUUCACCUUCUGGAGCAGAUCUUUGCCAUUGUGACUUCCUGGACUCCUCUGGCUUGUUCCUGCAGGCAGUUAGCUCGGAGGAGGAGCCCUGGUGGCAGGCACACUGCCGGCUGGGGAGUGCUCAUUGCAGUGCUCCUAGUGGGUGUGCUCCAAAGUCAUUUUCCUAUUGUUGGAAAGGAUUGGCCUCAGGAAGGAAUGGAUGAUUUGGCCUAAGGAAGUCCCAGAGUAUGGCCUUUUAAAGUUGGUGUGUAAUGGUACCACCUAGGGGCAGUGGAGCCGUUGUGGUGGCCCUGGGUAGGAGACUGCCACCCAGGAUGCCACCUGCCCUGACGGGAGUGCAAGUUAUAAAAACUUCCACUUUUUUUUUUUUAAUCAAGAAAGAUUUUUAAAUAAUUUUUAUUGACAUUGUAUUUCUCAAUUGACAAAAUAAGGUAAGUGUUCAGCAAGCAGAUAUGUCUGGAUUUCAGAGCCGUUUUUACUUGUGGCCUGUAGGUACCCAGGCCAGAUCCUGAAUCCUUGAUUGAUAUUUGUCUGUGGACUUUAAGGGAAGUUAUUGAGGACUUCUUCCCUGAGGUGUGUGGUUGACCCUAGUGGCCCUGGGCAGACCUGCAACCAGCUCUUGAGUAGGGGUCUCCGAUGCACCUGGCUUUUACCACGCUGUACCCAGGUAGAAUUUGCAYACCAACUUAGCAGUGUUGACAGACCUAGGAACAUUUUAUUCCCCAUAAGUACAUAAUUAAAAGUGAAAGUAUAUUUUUAUCAAAGCACCUUUGAAUAAGUGCUUGCAGAAAAUAUGUUUUUAUUGCUCUUAAAAUCAUGUGACCCCUGCUUGUUUGCAUCAUGGAACUCUUGGGAUAGUGUAUUUUGAUGACUGGUGCUUUAACUUUAUUGAUUG